AAAAAGAGUCAAUAUAUAAGAAUACCCACUUUCAUAUAGCAAAAAUAAAUUUUAUCCACUCAAAUAAAAACUUUAAAAAAUACCCACUUUUUGCUUGAAAAGACUAAAAUGUCCCUCCUUAAAAAUGGGCAAUUCUCGCCCCAGCUUCCGAAAUUCAGAAUUUCUUCAAUCUGCACUAUCUCUCUCUCUCUCUCAAUUACCAGACCCCGGCAACUACGUCCAUUCUCCGGCGAGUCGCUGCGGCGGCGGCAAUAGCGGUUUAUCGGCGAAGAGUGGAUUGCCGGAGAUCGAAGGGAGUGGAUUUUUUAUUUUGGGAUCUAGGGUUCGAGUGAUUUUCGAUUUUUUUUCUGGUUCUAGAUCAAUUUCCUUGAGCACUCUCGAAGAUUUCAAGAACUCUUUGGCUCCAGUUCAUCCAGCAAAGACACAAUUAUUAGAGUCAGAUACUGUCUCGGAUCUGACUUCAAUUCUAUCUUCCUCCUCCGUGACUGCUACUCCUUACAAGCACAUUUCCAUUGAAACGCCCUACACCGACAAAUCUGAGAUGGAUUCUCUCAAGAUGGGAGGAUCAGUUGAGGCAGAGGUAGUGUUAAAACAUUUAAGAGAAGCUAGAGUUCAAGUCUCGAAAUCAAAAGAUGUCGGCCCUUCAAAGAAUGUCGUGGAGGCUCUCAUAAACAUCAUCAUCGAAGAGUUUCGUGGUAGUGUUUAUGAAGAGGAUGAAUGGCUUGAUAAACUCCUGUCGAGUAAGCUCAAUCAGGUUUUCUUGAUCUGUAUUAUGGUGUUAUUCUCUCUGUUGAUGGUUUGGUUCCUCAGUUCGAGUUCAAAUGGAUCCUUCACAAGACCAAAGCCAACAUAAUGUGCUAAUUGUGACUAUUUGUGGAUAAGAGAUUGGAAGAGCAGCUGCCGUGAAAUAAACAAAUGUGAGUAGGAAUCCAUGAAAUGGAAAAAAUUCUGCUAUCUACCAACUGUUUUUAUUUCAAUGUUGCUUGAGCAGCCAAAUUAUGCAUAAGCAUGAAAUGAAAAAACUCUACUAUCUACCAACUAUUUUGUUUCAAUGUUGCUUUAGCAGCCAUAUUUUUGCCUCUUUUUUUAAUGUUCUUGAGCUGUGAUAAUGCCUUGAUUUAUAGAUCAGUUAUAGAAUGCAUUAUAUGUGUCCAAGUUCUUAAUAAUGAACUCUAUUGCCUUCUUCAUUUGGUUUCUAAUAGCUCUGUAAUGUUGGAUUUUACUCGACACACCGGGGCACUUGCUCGAGAGGCCAUCACUGUUUGGGGCGCUGGUGCAGGAGUACGCGAACCGGUCGGCGGAACUGUGACGAGACAAAUCUGCAGUUGAUCUGUUGGAGGGCUCCUUUCUUUCAGAUAUUUCUCCCCAGCUCGAUAGGCGCUGGGUUUUUGAGAUGUUGGAUUUGGCCUCUUUUGGCUAUCAUUCUUGGCAGCAAGUCUUUCUCUUGUGCGUGGACUAUCACCGGUUUUGCUGCCUAUUUUGGUGUUCUGCCAUGGGGUUGUUAAGUUCUCUUUUCUGGACUUGGUCGACGGGGGGGAUUGCUAGGCUGAUUUGGGUUGCUUUGGUUCGUCCUUUGCAUUUUUUCAUUUCAGUUUGUUAAUUUUGUUCCUCAAGGUAAAACAAAGGAGUCGUUUCCUCCUAUUCUUUUCUAAUAUAAAUUGAAAUAAAUGGUGAAGUUGAUCAAGCAAUGGUUGCUUUUGACAGUGUUUGUGAUCACAGAGAUUCCAAAAUCAAUAUAAGAGGGCGAGAUGGGGGCGAAGCUCUCCAGCAAUGGAAGUUUUAUCCGUAGGAAUUCAAUCACCCAUGGCCAUGGAUCUUCUGCUGCAUUUUAGUUUUUCGUUUUUUUUUUUUCGAUUUCUUGAAGCAGCUGCAUACUGUAUAUUCUUUGUUGGUGGGAAUUCCAAUUUUUUUUUUCUUGAAACAAUCGAUUCGUUGAACCUACUUUAAUAGUAUGGUUAAAUUUAUAAAAGGGAAAUUUUU